CUCAGGAUAAAACAUAGUAUAUCUUGAGCAUAUAUCAACACAUUGGUUGAAAGUACCAAAACUACAUUAAUACGACCUAAAAUAACCAAAUACAUACAAAGACACAAAUUGUCAAUAGCACACUAAAAAUAUAAAGUGUUACACACCAAAACAAGGUUUUGCGGGGAUCUUUACUGUACAACGCAUAUAGGUCCUUUUAAGCGUAAUUUUCGAUAUUACCAACUAAACAAAAUGGCAACUGGCAAGAAGGUUUGCGUAGUUGGAUGUGGAAAUUGGGGAAGUGCUGUGGCAAAACUUGUCGCAGAAAACACACCAAGAUACCCAGAAUUCGAUGACACUGUAAUCAUUUACGUAUUGGAAGAAGUUUUCGAAGGACGUAACCUUAGUGAAAUCAUUAACACCGAUCAUGAAAACAAAAAGUAUCUGCCAGGUAUCAAACUUCCACACAACAUUCUGGCAGUCCCGGAUCUGAAACAAUGUAUCCAGGAUUCUGACAUCUUCAUCAUUGUAAUUCCACACCAGUUCGUCAACAGCACUGUAGCUAAAAUUAAAUCAUUCAAUGUAAUGAAACCAGGGUCUUUGGCAAUCAAUCUUGUUAAAGGAAUUGAACUCACUGAAAAGGUUGUCAACUGCUUUACCGAUACCAUCGAAAAGGAAUUGGGUAUCCCAUGCUUAGCGCUUUCAGGUGCCAAUGUGGCCAAGAAUGUGGCAAUGGAGGAGUUCAGUGAAGCAACCAUUGGUUACAAGAACAAAGAACACGCCGUUCUAUUCCAGAGACUUUUCGACAGACCUUACUUUAAAAUCAACUGUGUACCCGGAGUGUCUGCCGUACAGGUCUUUGGUGCCAUCAAAAAUGCAGUGGCUAUUGCAGCUGGUUUCUGCGAUGGUCUAGGUCUUGGGUCUAACACCAAGGCUGCCAUCAUGAGAAUUGGACUCAACGAAAUCUACAGAUUCGCUUGCAAGUUCUUCAAGGAUAUCAACACAGACGUGGUAUUCGAAAGUGCUGGUGUAGCCGAUUUGAUUACUACAUGUAUUGGAGGAAGGAAUGUUCGCUGUGCAGCAGAAUUUGCCAAACAUGGUGGCAAGAAGUCAUGGCAUGAUAUUGAAAACGAAAUGCUGGGAGGCCAAAAGCUACAGGGAACUUCUACAUGUGAGGAAGUUUACAAAGUGCUCGUUGCACACAACAUGGAGAAUGAUUUCCCAUUGUUUGUUGUAACUUACAACAUUGCCUUCCAGGGAGCUGAACCCGCAGAGCUUAUACGCAAGUUUUCGAAUGAGACCCUAAACCCUUUCUAAAAAUAUGAAAUUGGUAUAUGUCCUGGAUAAUAAGGAAUUUAGUAACCUAUGGGGGAUUGGUGGCUACACAUUACAAAGACAAGAAAAUACUAUAAAUACACAU